AUGGCAAAUUCUACUCUAGCUUCAAUGCCUAUCCCCAUGAUGUUUGGAGGCGAAAACUAUGAGUAUUGGUCUGUCAGAAUGAGGGCUUUCUUGAUGGCACAUGAUCUAUGGGAGAUUGUUGAAGAAGGUUAUACUCCACAGGAGUUGGAUGCAGACCCUACUGUGAAUCAAAUGAGGCAAGAGAAGGAUCGUAGAAUAAAAAUUAUGAAGGCUCUUACCUUCUUGCACUCUUCUGUCACUGAGAUAAUUUUUCCCAAGAUUGUGGCUGUUACAACAUCAAAAGAGGCUUGGGAUAAAUUACAAGAAGAGUACAAAGGGUCUGAGCAAGUGAGAGCAGUAAGAUUGCAAACUUUGAGCAGAGAGUUUGAAAAUCUAAGGAUGAAGGAUGCUGAAUCCGUAAAGGACUACUCUUCUAGAGUGGCUAAUGUGGUGAAUCAGCUUAAAUUGAAUGGAGAGGACGUACCAGACAAAAGAGUGGUGCAAAAAAUGUUGAUUACCUUACCCGAAAAGUUUGAUGUUGUUACCACGGCUAUAGAGCAUACGAAGGAUCUGUCAAGUCUUUCUUUAACUGAACUUAUAGGUGCUUUGUUAGCCUAUGAGCAAAGGUUAACAUCAAGAUCUGAGGUAACUAUUGAAGGAGCUCUUGCGGCAAAGUUUAAACCGCAAAGUUCAAGUGAAGGUGGAGGAAAGCAACACCAAGAAGGGAAGAAGAAAGGCAAAGGAGACUCAUUUUCUCCUUUUGUUCAUGGAGCUGAAUUGAGUAGCAAGGAAACAUGGUUUGUAGACAGUGGAGCUGAAUUGAGUAGCAAGGAAACAUGGUUUGUAGACAGUGGUUGCACCAAUCAUAUGACCAAUAUGGAGCAGAUUUUUCGCAAUUUAGACACAAAUGUGAAGGCCACGGUGAAAAUUGGAAGCGGAGGAGUCCUACCAGCCAAAGGUAAGGGUACCAUUGCUAUCCAAACAAAGAAAGGUACAAGGUAUAUUGAUGAAGUACUUUUAGUGCCUGGCUUGGAUUCAAAUUUACUAAGUGUGGGUCAAAUGCUUGAAAAGAAAUAUGCUGUGCAUUUUCGAGAUAUGAAAUGCAAAAUCUAUGAUCCUCAUGAUGUUGAAAUUGCUAGUUUGCCUAUGCAUAAUAGAAGUUUUAGCAUUCAAUGGCAUAGCUUACUUGCAAAUAUGUCUAGAGUUGAUGUGGAUGAAUCUGAUUUGUGGCAUAGAAGAUAUGGUCAUUAUAAUUACAAGUCUUUGUCAUAUGUGCAUUCUCAUGGCAUGGAGGGUACAUGGCAGGAAAAAGGCGAUCAAUUCCCUAGACAGAAAAAACAGGCAUCUUUUGGUUUGGAGGAGUUUUCAAUAGAAUUUAUCGAACUUCAUUUACCAUCACUGCCUGGACUUCCUCCACAAUAUCACACAACCAAAAAUGUGCCACCGAAUCUGAUGCCAACCCUUAUGCUGGCUUUUCAGAUAACAGGUUCUUGCUUCUCCAGCAUCAUCAGCAACCUCAAGCCUGAUUUGCUGAUAUAUGAUGCCUUGCGGCCUUGGGCUCCAAACCUUCUUCAUCACAAGGAAGUCCACUGCGAGUGUUGA